AUGUGGGAGAAUGGUACAGGAGGAACAAGCUCUGGCGAUGAGAUCGAGAGCGUAGGAGGGGAUCGAGCAAGGGGAGCUGGGAAACGGCCUGGCAUUGGUCCAACGUGCUGUGACUCUGACGAUGAGAUGGGAGGAAGCUUAGAGCUUAGGGCCGAGGGCAAGGGCCAGGAGGACGGAGGAAGGAAGACGGACGGUGGGCGCGGGUCACCGUUGGAGUUGGGCCAAGCACCUGGGAUGCCUGGGAUUGCCUGGGCGAUGACUGGCCGUCCUGCCCAUCAUGGCUCUACGCAGCCUUCGUCAGGCCAGCCUGGCGCGCCAGAGCCAUGCGCGAUGUCUGCAAGGGUAAGCCUAGAACGCACAGGGUCAAGAGCAGAGGGUCAGCAAGGUAGGGCCAGGGAAGCAAGAGCCAUCCAGGCACCACCUUGCGCGCAGUCCUGA